AUGUUCCGGAAACCCAGAGACUCGUCGACCACUACAAACACGAAUGGCGUAACCGGAAGACCGCCCACGCCACCGCACACCCCAGCAAAAACGCCCUUCACUUUGGCAGUUCCACCGAGCAUCCCUCCCCCGACAAUGACGACAAGAACCAAAACGAGCAAGCCUGCACCUCUGCCGACCAUUGGCAGACAGGGACUAACUGGAAGCGCAAAAAAACCAGCUGCAAAGACGAAGCAGAACGGAAAAGGCAACAGUAGUAUCCUGAGCUUCUUCAAAAAGACGGAUGGUGUUGCAGAAUCAGAUCCUGGCCUAUUCGUUGAAGAGAGGCGAUCGUCACAGCACUUUCCUGAGGACGAAGAUAUUUCAACCGUAGAAGAGACAGGCGACGGAGAUGAGACUCGUUUCAAUGAGGCUGCUGGAUCGAUCAAGAGGAGGAGGUUGAGCCGGGAAGAUGAUAACGCGCAGUCGGAUGAUGCUGUGAACGACAGAUCACCUGGCGACAUCGCAUCCGCUCUUAAGACUCCCGCGCGCAAGACUGGACCUUUCUUCGCAGAAUCGGACAGCGAGCAAGAAGAGGAAGAACCUAAGGCCGUGAUUGGCAUCGACCAAGGCGAAGAAGAUGGUCUAGUAGCAGGGGAAAUGCCGAAUCAAGCAUCGCCGGAGCCCACACAAAGAGAAAAACGAUCGAAGUCGGUUGAACCUUCGCACAAUAACGGUACUGUUCCUCCACUGAUCAAGGAAGAAACUAGCGUCAACCCUGAUCUCGACGACUUUGGCGACUUUGCGGACCUCGAAGAUUUUGAUGAAGAUCCAUUCGAAGAAGGCGAUGAAUACCGCGAACGAAAGUACAUGGAAGAGCAGGCGAGACUGGAAGCGGAAGAAAAUGAGAAGGACUACGACCCUCUACCAAAUGAGUACGAUGAAAUGCAAGUCGUUGAAUCGGCUCCAUCGACUGGUGAUCCUACUUGCCCAAUCUGCAGCAUUGGUCUCAAAGGCGUCAGCGAGCAAGAUGCUGGUGUCCAUGUCAACAAUUGCUUAGACGGGAAACCGACGCCUCUACCAAAUGCUAAACCUACAACACCCGCUGCUGCUCCUGUGAAGUCGGACAAUCUGGCGUCUGCCAACCAGUAUAAGCGUCCAGUUCGUCCAGCCAAGCCUGGGCAGGCCAAUCCGUUCACACUCGGCCAGGGAAGCACCAAUGGUGGCUCUGCGUUUAACAAACUCAUGUCUGGCCACGCCGAAGACGCAGCCUGGGCUGAAGCUGCCGCAGCUGAACACACUUCUCGUGGAAAGCCUUCAUAUCAGCGUACCUGUCCAUUCUACAAGAUCCUGCCUGGGCUGUUCAUCUGUGUUGAUGCGUUCAGGUACGGAGCAGUGGAGGGCUGCAAAGCCUACUUCCUCAGUCACUUUCACAGCGAUCAUUACGUGGGCUUGACGGCGAGCUGGAUUCACGGUCCAAUCUAUUGCUCCAAGGUCACUGCCAAUCUUGUGAAGCAGCAGCUCCGGGUUGAUCCAAAAUACGUUGUACCCCUCGAAUUCGAACAGACUGUUGACGUGCCUGGCACCAAAGGCGUCAAGGUCACCAUGAUAUCCGCCAACCAUUGCCCUGGAAGCUCACUCUAUCUGUUUGAAAAGAUCGUUGGCAAGAAGCAGAACGGCGAACCACGGCUACAGCGUAUACUGCACUGUGGCGACUUCAGAGCAUGCAGAAUGCAUACACAGCAUCCUUUGCUCAUGCCCGAAGUGCAGGACAAGGUCUCUGGCAAGUCUCGAGAGCAGAAACUUGACGUUUGCUAUCUUGAUACAACAUACUUGAACCCCAAGUACGCCUUUCCGAGUCAAGAGGUGGUGAUAAAAGCUUGUGCGGACAUGUGUGUCUGCUUGAGCAAGGACACACCUGACGAAGAUGAUGGGUGGGAGCAGAUGAAGCGUCAGCGUGCUGGAGAGGGAAUGGCCAAGUUCGUACGGAAAGAGUCCAACCCCGAUACCAAAGAGGAGCCUGUGGAUGAAGAAACAGCGGACGAUCUGAAAGUGGAGAAAAAUCCACACGCUAGCCAGCAAAUCUUGUCCUCGGCGAACGACAAGAAGGGUCGAGGCCGCCUACUGGUUGUCGUUGGUACCUAUAGCAUUGGUAAGGAACGUAUAUGCCUGGGCAUUGCGAAGGCCCUCAACUCGAAGAUAUACGCACCCACGUCGAAGCAGCGGAUAGUCGCGGCACUGGAAGAUCCCGAGCUGGACAAGCGCAUGACAAACAACCCUCGUGAAGCUCAAGUGCACAUGACGCCUCUCUUCGAGAUACGCGCUGAAACGUUGGACGACUAUCUGAAAGACUUCUUCCCACAUUUCACACGCGCCGUUGGGUUUAGGCCCAGUGGCUGGAACUACAAACCACCAAAUAGCCGCUUCACCGACAGUCCUCUGGUGCAAACAGUACUACACUCCGACAACUGGAAAAGCGCAUUCAGCAUGAAGGAUCUUGUGCCCCAGCGAGGCAGCUCCAGUCGCGCAAGCUGCUUUGGAGUUCCGUACAGUGAACAUUCGAGCUUUCGAGAGCUGACUAUGUUCUGCUGUGCGCUGAAGAUCGACAAGAUCAUCCCCACCGUGAAUGUGGGCAGUGCGAAGAGUAGGGAGAGGAUGAAGGCAUGGUGUGAUAGGUGGGCGGCUGAGAGGAGAAAGAACGGGUUGUAUAAGCUACCUGAUGAUGGGUCGUGGUGA